UACGUUUCGGCAAUAAAAAGUAGCUGAAUCAGAAAGAAAAUAUGACCACUCCUUCUUAUCCAAUGGGCUGACGCAAGAAUCAAACGUUUGGAUCUUGUAAUAACUCGUAGAAAUGCCCGUGACUGGUCUGUAAAUGAAUGCGUUUAUCGAUAAAUUGUCUGAACUCUCUAGAUGCAAAUUAAGAAUGAGAAGAAGCCGAUUUCUGCUUUUUCAGGAAAUCGCGCGAGCAUUCGCUUUCCGGUCAAGCGCACUGUUGCUGUGGAAACGCUACGACGCUAAGAGCAACGUGUUUUCUUUUAUAUCUCGGUGUUAUAGUUAAGAAAUAAUCGAUUUGAUAAAAAAAAAAAAUCUGUACAACUCAGUAACGAAUAUGCCCGGAGACGUAGAUCCGCUCGCAGUUACCGAAGUCUCCGAGAAGCAGCCUGUCGGGGAGAAUGAGAGUGUGAAUUGGGAGCACCAGUACCUCUCUCAGAUCCCUUUCAAAGUCCUCAGAGGUCAUUCUGAUGCCGUCAGCUGCUGCCAUUUCUGCUUCAGUGACAGUAGGAUCCUUACCAGUUCUUAUGACAAAACUAUUAAAUUAUGGGAUAUUAAUUAUGAUGCUUCUUUAAUAACAUAUGAAGGAGGACAUUCUGCACCAAUUGUUGAAUGUGCUUUGAUUUCUAACAACAAAAGGUUUGUGACAGCUUCCUGGGAUAAGACAGUUAAAUGCUGGGAUUUUGAGACACAAAAAAUACUUUGGACUGCUGUUUGUGAUGCUCUUGUAACAUGCUGUGAUGUUUCUCCUGAUGGAAAGUACAUAACAUGUGGUUCUGACAUGGAAAAUUCUGCUUACAUUUUGGAUGCUGGAAAUGGUAAAAUAAUAAAGAAACUCAAAGACCAUCACAAGAGCACAGUGACGGCCUGUCGGUUUGAUCCUGAUAGCCAGCGUGUGGCUUCUGUUUCAUCUGACAAAACAAUUAAGCUAUGGGAUUUGGUGGCACAAAGAACAACUCUCAAUAUAAAAAGUGGCCAUUUAAGUGUCAUCUCAGAUUGCAGCUUUAGCAAAAAUGGUUUUUACUUGUGUACAGCAUCAUGGGAUAAAAAACUUCUUCUGUGGGAUAUUAAAACUGGGAUGUUCCGCUCCUGUGGAGCAGUUGCCUUGGACCAUGGACAUACCGGCAGCAUAAGCUCCUGUAAAUUUUCUCAUGACUCAUUUUUUUUAGUAUCAGGUGCUUAUGAUAAAACAUUAACUCUCUGGGAUACAGAAGCAAGGUGCAAAAAGAUAGUUUUAAAGGGACAUGAGGACUGGGUAAUGGAUACUGCAAUAACAACCGAUAAGAAGUGGAUCGCUUCUAGCUCAAAGGAUAUGACAUUGCGACUGUGGAAUACUGAAAAUCUACAUUAUAUUCCUUCUGUCAUUGAAAGUCAGAAAGCAGUGGGUUUAAAAAUAGUUAUGUGUAAGGAAUGUGGGAAGCCAUUUUCUAUCAACCAGAUGGAAGACUUGGAAAUUAUAUCUCGGUGUGUGUUUUGCAGAUUCAAUGAUCCUCUUAGAAAUGCUAUACCAUCACCACCUACCUUUUGAAUUAAAACUAUUAAAAAUGUAUGAUUUUUGUAAUAUUUAAGUAUUAAUGCACAGAAGGCUCAUUUUCUUCUUUAACUUUUUUCUUUGACUAGAAUGCUGUUAAUAAAAAAACAAACUUUUUAAGAAAAUAAUCGACAGUUUCAGAGUGGUAAAGAUCAGUUAAAAAUAUUUUGUCAGUGAUUUUCUUUUCACUUUUUUAUGUCUGGUCUAUUAUCUUGCUGUAUUUGAAUUGAUUUUACAUUAUUUUAUUUAUCAUCAUAAUGAAAAAUAACCUGGUUAUUUUGUAUAUGUGAUUUUAUUCUUUUAUAUAACUGAAACCUGUUAGUAUUCUUCUACUAUAAUAUGUGCAUUUAACACCAAAGACAACAACAACAUCAUUAAUAUAAAAUUUAGGCUCUUCAGUGAAAGUGUACUUAGUGUGUUAAUACAAAGUCAGGCCUCAAACUUACAGAUGGUGAGCAGACCAACUAGACAGUGAGAAGGAGAGAGGGGUGUGAGUGGCCCACACGGCAUCUUAGUGCAUUUCUUUUAUCAUAUUUUAACAAAUGCCAAGAUGAUAGAGGCACCAGGUGAGAUGAUCAGUUUUUGGUUCCAAAACAGAUAACUCACUAAACCCUGGUACAUUAAGCAAACUUCCCCCUGUUAUGAGACAUGGGGAACACCUGCAAAAUAAUA